GAUUCACAGCCAAAAUUUUCUAACGAAAAUAAUCCAAAUGCAAAAUAGUCCAAAAAAAAAAGCCCCUAUCCGAACCCGUAUGAACCAACCCAAUUGCCACCUCUACUUGCGAGGUACGUAACUCGACCGUUCUCUACUUGAAUGCCCUUUGCUCUGCUCUUUUCGUCUUCUUCUUCUGCAGAGUGUAGAGUUCUCCAAGCUUCCAAAUCUCUUUAUUUUUGUUUAUACAAAUCAAAACCCAAAAUAAAGAAGAUAAGAAGAACCAGAGAGCAAAAGAAAACAAACCAUGUGUCUUUCAAAGUGCCUUGUUUCAAAGAAAGGGCCUUUAGGCGCCAUAUGGGUUGCUGCUUAUUUCUUCAAAAACCUCAAGACAGCUCAAAUCUUUGAGACUAAUAUAUCCUCUUCUGUUGAUAAUAUUUUGCAAGAUCAGCUGGAGAUUUUCUCUUAUAGAGUAUUAGCAUACCUCCUUCUUGGUGUUGUCAGAAUAUACUCCAAAAAGGUUGAUUAUCUUUUUGAUGACUGCCAAGAGGUGCUGAUUAAGAUAAAGGAAUUUGUGGUUGGAGAAAAAAAUAGAGCAAAGAAAGAGGCCCUCCGUGCAACUUGUUUCUCUAUUACUCGACCUGUGAACUUUGACUUAGAUGCUUUUGAUCUGGAAAUUCUUGAAGAUACUAGUGGAGGUAAUGUGGUGCCUCGUGAAGAGAUAACCCUUAAAGAUGUAAAUUGGAAAAAUGUUGGAAUAAGGCAAUCUUCUCUAGACAGGUUUGCGGCCUUGGAUGAUGAUUUCUUGAUGGAUUACACUUCAACUGAAGAGUAUGCACACAAAUCUCAAUUCAGUCUUUCAUGCCACCCAACAGACUUUGAGACAGAAGCAAGAACAUCACAUGAUAUAUGUGACUGGAUAGCUAGCAUGGAAAAACUUCAAUAUGAUAAGUCCUUGCAUGAAGAGGAUUCUCAUCUCAAAUUAGUUAGUGGGGUUGAGGAAGAACCUCCAAACCUUGUUAAAAUUUUUUAUAAAAAUGACAGAGAGCAUGUAGAGGUUCCUGACAUGGCAGGUUUGGAGAACCAUAUGGACCGAGAAGCAAACAGGGAGAAAUACAAUAAUAGAUUCCCGUCAGAAGAAUGUGUGAACCUUCGUAGCGAGGCCAAGGAGGAUCCUCUAGGUUCUCCUAAGCCACUUGCUGAAGAUCAAAGUAUUAAGGAAAAGACGAAGGGUCCAGAUCUAUCAGAAUCAGACAAGGAAAUGAACCAGGCAACGGAGGAAGAUCAUUUAAGCAUCCUGGAAGCAAGUGCAAAGGUUCCAGACAUUGCAGGCUCAAUAAAACAUACGGAAAGAGAAGCAGGCAGGGAGAAAUGGAAUGGUAGGUUCUUUUCAAAAGAAGGGGUGAACCUUCAUAGUGAGGCUGAGGAGGAACCUUUAAGCUCUGUUAAGUCUCUUGGUGAAGAUCGAGCUAAUAGAGAAAAGAUGAAGGGUCCAGAUCUGCUGCAAUCAGAAAAUGAAGUGCACCAGGUUAUGGAGGAGGAUCAUGUAAGCACCCUGAAAACAAAUGUAGAGGUUCCAGACAUUGCAGGCUCAGAAAACCAUAUAGGAACUGAAGCAAGCAGGGAGAAUUAUAAUGAUAAAUUCUCUCAAGAAAAAUAUUUGAAUCAUAUUGCUGAAAUUGAGGAGAAAUCUGCAAGUCUGAUCAAAUCUUUUGGUGAAGAACAAACUAACAGAGAGAUGAUGAAUGGUCUGGAUAGGUUGCAAAUAGAAAAUGAAGUGCACCAUGUUAUGGAGGAAGAUAGCAACUUGGGCGCAAGCAUGGAGAAGCUUCUGGGUCAAGGAUUCUCUCCCAUGAACGUUGAGGAACCUUCCCCACUUGUUAAACCACUUGGUGAAGAGAUUCAAACUGGUGCAGAGCAACUGCAUUUUCCAGCAAUGACAACUUCCAAGGAUGGAAAGUGUCAGGUUGCUGCAAAAGACCAUACAUUGUCAGUUACAUUGGAUGCAACUCCUCGGUCCAUGUUGCAAGAUGCUUCAGGACCUACUACACCACAUUUUAUGCUUAUCCCAACACCUGCCACUAAGGAGCAUGCUCGGUUUACCAGGAAAAGAAAAUGUUUCUUCGAUGACGUAAUAGUUUUCCCUAAUAGCAUAAUGAGGCAAUGGAUAAAAGAUUCUAGUGAUUUGGUGUCUAAGCAGAGAAAAGGUGAUCGUACUGCUCUGGCUGGAAGGAAGACUUGUUGGAUUUCCAACCUUCCCCAGAGUUUCUCAGAGCCUUCAGUUCCCUGCACCUCGGAGCUUAAAUCUCUCUACCGUGGAAAGAGAUUAAGACUUCUGGAAUCAAUCAUGAAAACUUCAGAAAAGAUAGACACUUUAGAACCUCCUCCUGUUGUUGGAUCCUUUGUGCAAGCAGAAAUUGCUCCACAGACCGUUGAAAUCAGGGAUCCUCCAGAUAAGUUAAACCUCUCAGGAUCUCCUCCACUUGAUGCAUCCUCAAAGCAUGCAGGAAUUGCUCCUCAAACACCUACUCAGCAGUCACCUUCGCUUGUUGUGGGAGAACAAGUAGAAAUUGCUCCACAAACACCUGUUCUGCAAUCAAAAUCACUGAGACCAUUUGAGAGCCCUGAGUACCUCAAUUGUGAUAACUUAGAUGAAGUAGGAUCAGCGAAUAUGGAUCCUAGUGAAAGUAUACAGAAAGAGUCUUCUCUGAAUGAAAUUGUAGAAAAAGAGCCUUCCCUGGGCAAAGAUGAAGACUUCGAUCUUAAUCCAUAUUUUGGUCAGGAGAUACAUUCAAAUGAAGAUGAUAACCAGGGACAGGAUGGAUGGUCAAUGAGAACCAGAAUGGUGGCAAAGCAGUUGCAGAAAAGCUUUCUAGAUCAAAGGAAAAGAGGGGAGAAGGAAAAGGUGAAGUUAUCACAGCUUUUGGAAAGAACAACAAAGAAAGCAAGUGCAAGGCUCUUUUAUGAGAUACUGGUGUUGAAAACUAAAGGACUCGUUGAUGUGAAGCAAGACACUGCUUUCGGUGACAUUCUUGUUCUGAACUCCUUCCUCAUUGGGACCAAACUUACAGAACUGAUGAAAAGUAAAACUGCUGGAGGAUCUAUUUGCUAAUUGCAGUAAAUAGAAUCAGUCUUUUUGAUCCAAAUCCAUGGUAAAUGAGUUAUAGUGGUAGUGCUGCUGUAAAUUUUAGCGAAUUUGGCUGAUAAAGUUGUUUUCAUUAGAAGAAUGCAAGCUAGGAAAUCAGGAUGUAGGUACUUUUUGUUAUUUAGAUAUAAUCUUACAUCGUUUAUAGUUUGAUGAUUAAAUGAAGGUUUUUUCAACUGUGACUUUAACCAUCCUGAAAGCAUGAGAUGGUGUGAGGAAAGUAUUGGUUACUUGAAUAAAAAAGAAAUUGGCAAAUUGUAUGAUUAAAUGACAUUAUAUAUACAUAUAUAUACAGUAAAUGACAUUAUGAAAGUAAAUAAAUAGAAUGAAAUAUCAGGCAUGCUUCUUGGACAAUUCUUAUUUUGACUUCAGAAGGGUUUGAAUCUCUGUUGAUGUUCUCAUUUCCCAUGAUCCUUCUAAAUUCAAUGAAGAUGCUCCUUGCUUUUUGAUC